GCACGAGCCGCCGCCAUGGGUGCGUACAAGUACAUGGAGGAGCUUUGGAAGAAGAAGCAGAGCGAUGUGCUUCGCUUCCUCUCCCGCGUGAGAGUGUGGGAGUACAGGCAGCUCCCUGCUAUCCACAGAUGCACUCGCCCAACCCGCCCGGACAAGGCCAGGAGGUUGGGAUACAAGGCCAAGCAGGGCAUUGUCAUCUACCGUGUUCGCGUUCGCCGUGGAAGCAGGAAGAGGCCUGUUCACAAGGGUACCGUGUGGGGUAAGCCCAAGAGCUCUGGUGCCAUCAACAAGUUCAAGUGCACCCGCAACCUCCGAUCCCUUGCCGAAGAGCGUGUCGGUCGCAGAUGCGGAGACCUCCGUGUCCUCAACUCCUACUGGGUUGCCCAGGAUGGCAUGUACAAGUUCUACGAAGUUAUCCUUGUUGAUCCUGCUCACCGCGUCGUCCGCAACGAUCCUCGCCUCAACUGGAUCUGCAGUGCCAAGAUGAAGCACAGAGAGCUCCGUGGUCUCACAGCUGCUGGAAGGAAGGGACGUGGUGUUGCCAGAGGACACGGCAAUCACAGAUUUAUGCCUUCCCGCCGUGCUGUAUGGAAGAAGCACAACUCCGUCUCCCUCAGACGCUUCAGAUAGACGAGUUAAGCAUCGGCUUGGCUGUGUUAAUGAAAUUCUUUAUAGCCAUGC